CUUUCUAAGAGUUCUAAUAUUUAAGACUCUCUUUUCUUGAGAUUCAAAACUUAUUGUUACACACUUCAUCAAAGCAGAUUCCUUCUAUGUUCAAAUAGCCUCUUUCUGGCCCAUCUCCUCUAAGCAUUCAAUGUUAUAAAGUUAGUUAGUUUCAAUAAUUUGUUAUUAUUUGUUCAUACAUAGCAACAAAAUUUGAAGUGGAAUUUUAGUAAAAAGAAAAAAGAAAUCACUAUUUGAAUAAAAUAUCAGUAUUUUUCAGUGCCAAAUGUGAAUUGUGCUCUUUUUUGGAGUGAAGAAAAAGAUGCGUUCUCUGCACAUCUAGAGAGGCAAAUUCAGCCAAAACAGGAAGAGGGAAAAACAAGAGACCUUCCGCCAUUUUUGAGGUAUAAUCCAAGCUUGAAGACGAUUUCCCAGCCCCGAUUCUCUCUUUAGAACAAUACCCAUUUGGCCAUUUCCUCCAUUUCCCUCGAAUUCCAAAGGGUUUUUACAGUUCCAUGAUUUGAUUCUUCAAUGGCGAUGAAAAUGGGGUUUUCUUCCUUCAGCCCUUUUUCUGUUCUUGUUCUUCUUCUCUCUAUGGUGUUCUUCUUCAUUUUUACACUAAUCCCACCUGCACAAUCUGCCUCUGAUUACACUUCUUUGGUCUACAAGGGUUGUGCUAAGCAAGCUCUCUCAGAUCCAAAUGGGGUUUACACCCAAGCGCUUGCAGCCCUUUUUGGCUCCUUGGUUUCACAAUCCACCAAAGCCAGAUUCUACAAAACCAGCUCUGGAAGUGGCCAAGCCACCAUCAAUGGCCUCUUCCAAUGCAGAGGCGACCUCACCAAUGGCGACUGCUACAAUUGUGUGAGCAAAAUCCCACAAAUCGUUGAGUCUCUCUGUGGCAAAACCAUAGCCGCCAGAGUUCAACUCUAUGGCUGUUAUUUGCUUUAUGAGGUUUCUGGGUUUUCCCAAAUUUCAGGGCUCGAAAUGCUGUUCAAAACUUGUGGGUCUACCAAUGUUGCUGGAAGUGGGUUUGAAGAGCGGCGGGACACCGCCCUCUCUGUUUUGGAGAAUGGUGUGGUGAGUGGCCAUGGAUUCUACACUACAAAUUACCAAUCUGUUUAUGUUUUGGGUCAAUGUGAAGGCGAUUUGGGGGAUUCAGACUGUGGUGAAUGUGUUAAAAAUGCUGUCCAAAGAGCUCAAGUUGAAUGUGGGAGCUCAAUUUCAGGCCAGCUUUAUCUCCAUAGAUGCUUUAUAAGUUACAGUUACUACCCAAAUGGUGUACCCACAAGAUCAUCACCAUUAUCUUCAUCUUCUUCUUCCUCCUCAUCAGGAAAUAUAGGGAGAACAGUGGCUAUCAUUCUUGGAUCAACAGCAGGAGUGGCAUUUGUGAUCAUUUGCUUGCUUUUUGCAAGAGGAUUAAUGAAGAAACAUGAUGAUUAUUGAAAGAAGCAGAGGAGGAUUGGAUCUUCAAAGAUGCAAAAACUAUUCUUUUUUCUUAUGAACAGAAUGUCUUUUUCUGAAAAGGAGAUGUCAUUUUUUUUAUGGUCAAUAGGGUUUUUAUUUAUAUUGAGAAGGGAAUGAAGGAAGGAAUGAAUGAAUGAUGUAUCAAAUUGAAAUAAUUUUUACACAAGUGAAGAACAAGAAUGUUGGUAAUCCAUUCAUAACUUAUC